ACACGCAUCGAGCGCACGAUCCCCACCUGGUGGCUAGCGAGUCCCGCUCGGUUUUCGUAUUAUAUACAGCGGCGCGUAGCGCUCGGCCGAUCGCCAGUCAGUCGUGAGUCGAACUCGAGACCGCUACUACCUGCACACGAGCACCUAGUCAGCAGAUAUAUACUUUCACCCAGAAGUCAUCGAGCGAUAAACAUGGCCAAGACGGCGCUGUUUCUCAUCGCCGUAGCUGGCCUCAUCGCCCUGACCGUCGCCACUCGUGUCAACGAAUGCGGCAGUGGCAAAGCUCUGCCGGACACGACGCAAGUCCAGAUCACAAACUGCGAUGCGCCGCCGUGCAAGUUGAAGAGGCGCACCAAGGUCGCCAUCGAGCAGAAAUUCACACCCAGCCAAGACGUCCAGAGCCUGAAGACGUCGGUGCACGCGACGAUCCUCGGCAUCCCGCUGCCGUUCAUCGGCGUCGACGGCACGGACGCCUGCGGCAAAAUCUUUAACGUGGCUGACAAUACGCCCGCCACCUGCCCGUUGAAGCAGGGCACCGAGUACAUCUACAGGAACGAGUUCCCCGUGCUUCCGGUCUAUCCGACGGUCGCGCUGACCGUUUACUGGGCCCUGAAGGAAAAUGAGAAACCUAUCGCGUGCUUCGAGGUUCCGUCAAGAAUAAUCUAAUGAAUUCUGUUCAACUGAGUUUGUCGCGAUAUGCACAGAAUAUCGGAACAAUAUGUAUUUUUUUUUUAUAGCUAACGACUGAAAACGUAUUAUGUUGUGUGUAUUUGUGUGAGAACGAUAUUUUAUUCGUGUUCAAUCACGAUUUCGAAUUUAAUAAAUGGUUUUUUGAUUUUUCAUAAAUCUA